AUGGCUGUGGGGAUCUUCUUUGUGUGUCAGACUGCACUGGGAAUGCUGGGAAACUCCGCCUUGCUUUGUGGUUUUGUCAUUGCUGACAUCUCUGGAAUCAGGGCAAAGCCAAAAGACCUGAUUAUCCAACACCUGACCUGGGCCAACUUCAUAGUUCUCUGCAGAGGGAUUCCCCAGACCAUUGCUACUCUUAGUCAAACUUAUUAUCUAGAUAAUGUUUCAUGUAAACUUGCUUUAUAUUUCCAUAGAGUUGCCAGAGGGAUGUCCAUAGCUGCCACAUCCCUGCUGAGUGUCUUUCAGGCCAUCACCAUCAGCCCUAAUAAUUCCAAAUGGGGACAGCUCAAGGUCAGAGCCCCCAAGACCAUUGGCCCUUCACUGGUCCUGUGUUGGGCCCUACAAUUGCUGAGAUAUGGUUCCAUUCCUGUGUACACAACUGACAUAUGGGGUGGAAGAAAUGUUAGUGGGAUAAAAGAUUAUGGAUACUGUGCAGUUAUGAAUCCUGGGAGACUAAUAGAUACAAUAUUUGUAAUCUUAUUUUCAUUCUAUGAUGUAAUCUUUUUGGGACUUAUGAUUUUGGCAAGUGGCUACAUGGUGUUCAUCCUGCUCAAACACAAGCAGAGAGUCCAACACAUCCACAGAUUCCUGUCUCCAAGGGCAUCUCCUGAGACAAGAGCCACCCAAAGUAUCCUCACACUAGUGAGCAGCUUUGUGUUCUUCCAUGUAACCUCUAUUGUCUUUACAUCUUACCUGUCUGUUUUUGAAGGAACCAGUAGGUGGCUGCUCCACACCAGUGUAGCCAUGACUGCAUGCUUCCCAACUGUGUGCCCUUUUCUGCUCAUCAGACAGCACACCUCUGUUUUCAGGGUCUGCUGUUCCUGUUCUCAUCGGACAAGUCACUGUGCUUGUGUAGUUAGAGAGCUCUAA